CGUGAUUUCUGGCAAUUUCCUGUUUUCACAAUACGCAUGCGCGUGUAUCUGAGAUUGGAACUAACCUUAAAUUCGAAACACUUGUGAUUCAGUCUAUAUUCUAACCUCGAAUUGUUUCGCAUGUCGAGUAGCUUCAAGAAACUUUGCGAGAGAACAUGUCGAAAGUAAUCGAGUCCAUGAAGAAUCUGAACGUCGGGAACGGCGUGGAAACGAACGAACAGAAUAAUGAAAGAAUCAAAAAAGGCGAGCUGACCCUGUCGAUGGAGGAGACAGUGUCACUCGAUCAAAACUGUAUUCUCUUCGUCUCUGGAACCCAAAGGGAAUCAGACUUUAGAAUUGGAACAGCCUUGUCGGAUAAUACAUGUGUAAUAUAUUCUGUUGGUGAAUCUUUAAGCCGAAUGAUUACAUUGGAUCGCAAGCAAGCACCUAUUGUAGGAAUCAAGUUCAGUCCUAUUUCUAAAAAUAUAAUAUAUAUUGCAACUAAUAAUGGGUUCAUUACAGCACAUGAUUUGCGUGCUAAGGGAAAGGUUGUAGCAGAAUUUAAAGAUAAUACAGAAAAUGGCAAAAUAAAACCUUUGGCUAGUUUCGACAUUAACUGUAAUGAAAGGCUCAUAGCUGGCGGGACAGAACACACGAGUGGAGAUGCAUUUAUUCUGUUCUGGGACAUAAGGCACAGUAAUUCAAAAAUAGAAAAUGAAAACAAUCUUCUUGGUGGAUAUUGGGAAUCACAUAUAGAUGACAUUACUUGUCUGACCUUUCAUCCUGUCAAACAAAAUGUUUUAGCGUCAGGCAGCACGGAUGGUCUGAUGAAUAUAUUUGACCUGACACAAACCUCAGAAGAUUCUGCUUUAACGUACUCAUUAAAUACCGAGUCAUCAGUGGAUAGGCUAGGUUGGUUAACUGAUGAGUCUCUAUGGUGUACAACACAUAUGCACACGCUGCAAUUAUGGGAAUGCGAAGGUGCUACUGCAUAUGCGAAAUUUGCUCGCAGUCAUUUAGUCAUGUCACAAAAUGAUGAUCCUGAUAAUUGUUACUUAGUGAAAUUCCAUGCUACAAAUGCGUUUGGACAACCGUUUCUGUUAGCUGGUUCUAGCACAGUUAAAGGAGAAAAUCUAAGAUGCUUGAACAUCAGAAAAGAUCGUCUGGAAACGUGCUAUGAAAUUGUAGGAAAUAAACAAACAGUGCGGGAUAGCUGGAUGCAUGAAAAGAGUGGUUGCUUGGUGACGGUUGGUGAGGAAGGUAUUGUCAACGUGUGGCGUCAAUCGGAAUCGAUGCCGGCACAGAAAAGUUCGGAUCAUAAAUUGUUAACUAAAAUUGGAACAGGUCGUGACCGGCAAUAUAGGAUCAAACCCUAUUAAAAUAAGCGUUUAGGAAGAUAGCUAUUAAUAUGGAAAAGUUUAGUUUGUAAUAAAAAAAAUUAAUGUAUUGCGUAAAAUCUGAGCAGCAAAUUCAAGUCGGGCAGCGAUAAUGAUAUAUUUCCCUCACAUUCUUCUUUAUUACAAUAACAGUUGUAUGUACAUUUAUAAUAAAUAGGUAUUAUUU